AUGCAGGGCAUGAAGAGCAUUUUUUGUCAUUCUGGAGAGUGCUGCCGCUUAAAGGUUUCUGAUGGCCACUGGUGUAGCUGCUCCUUUCUUUUACACACAUCCAUCAUUGACAGGGUUGCCAGUGGAGAGAUCUCCAAAAAGUGUAUAGUCCAACUGAACCAUUACACUUGUGAGAGUAUUCCAGGUAUGAAGGCAAUUUUAAUUUAUGAUUUGAGGGUUAAAUGCCCAGGCGAUAAAGUUGGAGCCACACUUGGAAAUCCUGUGAUUUAUGAAGCCAACACAAGCAAAGCUGAGCAGCAAAUUACACAAGCUUCCAGACACACACCAGCUGUGACAGCAGGUGGCAGUCUACAACUCAAUCCUCAAAGUCUGCAAAGUCCACAACUCAGUCAUCAAAGUCAGUGUAUUCCACAACUCAAUCCUCAAAAUCACUGCAGUCCACAACCCAGUUCUCAAAGUCAACGCAGUCCACAACUCAAUCUUCAAAGUCCUCGCAGUCUACAACUCAAUCCUCAAAGUCAACACAGUCCACAGCUCAAUCCUCAAAGUCAACACAGUCUACAACUCAAUUUUCAAAGUCAGCAUAGUCCACAACUCAAUCUUCAAUAUCAACACAGUCCACAACUCAAUCCUCAAAAUCACUGCAGUCCACAACUCAGUCCUCAAAGUCAACACAGUCCACAACUCAAUUUUCAAAGUCAGUGCAGUCCACAACUCAAUCCUCAAAAUCACUGCAGUCCACAACUCAGUUCUCAAAGUCACCGCAGUCCACAACUCAAUUUUCAAAGUCAGUGCAGUUCACAACUCAAUCUUCAAAGUCAGUGCAGUCUACAAUUCAAUCCUCAAAGUCAACACAGUCCACAGCUCAAUCCUCAAAGUCAACACAGUCUACAACUCAAUUUUCAAAGUCAGCAUAGUCGACAACUCAAUCCUCAAUGUCAACACAGUCCACAACUCAAUCCUCAAAGUCAACACAGUCUACAACUCAAUCCUCAAAAUCAACGCAGUCCAGCAGAUUGCUUCAAUAGCAUCCACCAAACUGUUUCAUUAUCAUCCCUCACACCACACCAAACUAGGUAAGAUGCAAAAAUAUUUCUUUAAUAUGACAAAUAUGUAGACAUUAUCUUCUUGUCUGUUAAGAAUGAGAGAUAGAGUAGUAAAGAUAAAUGGGAUGACAAUAUUUCAAGUG